GAAAGUGAGAAUGAGUGGGUUACAGUGACGAAGAAAAAGGGAAACGAGCAGUAAAAUCUAUGUUGGAAAAUAGAGAACUGCUCGACCUGUUUUUAGUUGGAGUCAGGGUUUUAAAUCAAUGCUACUUGAAAUCCGUUUAAAGUCUCCAGGAAAAUCUGUAAUGUGUUGGAAGAAAGUGUGUAGUCGGUGAGAGUCACAAGAAGUGGUCUCAUUUCGAUUGUUUUGCAUGUCUGCGGAGUGGAACGCUUCCUGCAUGGAUUUUUGUAGCAGGGCGCGUAUCAAUUGGGUUAUUUCUGGGGUGGUGUAAGAAAUAAAGGCAGAGUAUAUAACUGAAGACAUCGAUGGAGUGGUUGGUGCACGUCGAUUGACCUGUAUGGUGGAUGGAGUAAAGAAGUUAACUUUAUCCAUGCUACUGUUCUUUGAUGAACAUCUGAAGUUAGGAUUCAUGCGAUCCCCUAUAAGAGCUUUUGUGCACAAGCCCCUUCAGUGUCAUUAAUGUAAAAGAUUUGGUCUUAUGUCAAGUGUGUGCAGAAGGGACGAAUAUCAUAUGCCAGAUGAAGGGAAUUGCUGCAACUGUGGAGGUGAACAUGUGCCUGAAUUUUUGGUGUGCCUUGUUAGGGUGAAAGGAGACGGAGGUUGCAAGGGUGUCCUAUCUGGAGGCGGUGAGAAAAUUGGAAGGAACGAGUGGCGGGAAAGAAGUAAUGGUAGUAGAGCCACAACGACCUGUGAAUGUUUCUCAUCAACUGAGGGAUAGUGAAAUGCUACAUGUUAAAACGGUGGACUUUUUUAUUAUUUAUUGCAAUGGUCAAACUGUACAGCACAAUUCGAGAAUAAUUCUAAGAAAAUUGGAGUCAUUGUGAAUGCCGCUGAACGUUUUCUGGGUCUUCAUGAUUUCACAGCCAAGGCGGUGCAAGAAAUCCUGUUGGUGAAUGUAGCCUGUGUAGGGAUGUAUUUUGAAGUGGACUGUGAUUGAUGUAUGAUGUUUUUUAGUUGAUGUGUUUUAUUUUGUAUGAUGAGUUGCUUAAUCCAUCUUUUAAGUUGCUUAUUCAAUCCCCCGUCCAGCUGGUGGCGGUAAUGCACCAUUGACAUUGGAUGCCAACCGCCGUUAAACCCCAUCGAAGAAGAAGUAAUCCCUCUGGCUUCGACUCUAAUCAAACAUCUUAUUCAUAUUUACCAUAUUGGAUCACUCUUUUGGGUAAUUGCUGAAAAAAUAUUUUUUUCGAUAGUGUUAUUUUCCUGGAAAAGAUAGGAGAAUGGCUGCUGCCGAGGUGAACGAUAGUUCUGCCCUAACGAAGGAGGAAAAUGAGCUUAUGGAAGUCGUGGCCGAAGGCGAGCACACAGAGAACUACCAGACACUCAUCGAUGCUGGACUGCGGCAGAACGUGGCUGAGAGUCUCGACAACAUAUUCUCAACCGGGUUGCUGGCGUACGCUGACCUAGAAGAGGGGGUCAUUGAUGCUCUGCGGGCAUUUAAUGAAGAGGGAGCGCUGUCUGUACUCUCACAGUUCAAAGAAAGUGACCUAUCUCAUGUGCAGAACAAAAGUGCUUUUCUUUGUGCAGCUAUGAAGACGUACAGACAGAGGGAAAAACAAGGAAGUAAAGUACAAGGAAGUAAAGUACAAGAAUCCACUAAGGGUCCUGCUGAGUCCAAGAUCAAGGCUCUGCUGGAGCGGACAGGAUACACCCUGGACGUCACCACCGAACAGAGGAAAUACGGAGGGCCCCCACCAGAGGAAGUGUUUAAAGGAGCACAGCCUGGGAUUGGAACUGAGGUGUUUGUGGGAAAGAUCCCCAGGGACCUGUAUGAAGAUGAGCUGGUGCCUCUGUUUGAGAAGGCUGGCCCAAUCUGGGACCUGAGGUUAAUGAUGGACCCCCUCUCGGGUCAGAACCGGGGAUACGCCUUCAUCACCUUCUGCGGCAAGGAUGCAGCAACUGAGGCAGUGAAACUUUGUGACAACUAUGAAAUCCGGUCUAGGAAAUACCUUGGAGUAUGCAAAUCCGUAGCAAACAACCGUCUGUUUGUCGGAUCAAUCCCAAAAAACAAGACCAGAGAGAAUAUAUUGGAGGACUUCAGCAAAGUCACAGAGGGGCUUCAGGAAGUGAUCCUCUACCCCCAGACAGAUGACAAGGAGAAGAACCGUGGCUUCUGUUUCCUGGAGUACGAGGACCACAAGUCUGCAUCCGAGGCCCGCCUCUGCCUCAUGAGUGACACGGUGAUGGUGUGGGGGAACCCGGUCACUGUGGAGUGGGCCAACCCGGUCACUGAGCGCAAUGCGGGUGCCUUGGCCCAGCAGGUGAAGGUCUUGUUUGUCAGGAAGCUGGCCGCCUCCGUCACAGAGGAGCUACUGGAGAAGACCUUCUCUGCGUUUGGCAAAGUGGACCGGUUGAAUAAGAUAGAAGACUACGCCUUUGUCCACUUUGAAGACAAGGACGCAGCUGUGAAGGCAAUGGCAGAAAUGAAUGGGAAGGAGCUGGGGGGAAGGGAGAUUGAGAUAAGAAUGGCAAAGAGGAAGAAGGCUCGAAAUGCUCAGCGCCAGGCCACCAGAAACCGAAGGAAUGAUGCCGAUUACAACCACCCACCGUCACGCAUACCUCCACCAGAUAGGGUCCGUGGCCGAGGGGGCGGGGACUAUGCCGCCUAUCCCCCAGACUACAACAGCUACGAUGACUACUACGGCUUUGACUAUCACGACCCCCGCAGAGGUUACGAGGACCCCCACUACGGUUACGAGGACCCCCACUACGGUUACGAGGACCCCCACUACGGUUACGAGGACCCCCACUACGGUUACGAGGACCCCCACUACGGUUACGAGGACCCCCACUACGGUUACGAGGACCCCCACUACGGUUACGAGGACUUGUACAGCAUGAGCGGCCAUGGCAGACUGCCCAGCAGGGAAAGCCUACCCCCACCCAGGGACCGUAGACCACCACCCACACAGGGCUAUGUGCAGAGGGGUCCACCCAUUGGAGGGCCCAGGGAUGGCAGAGUAAGGGCCCGUGGGGGACCCUUCCAGCCACAGAGGGGCCGCGGUAACCGAAAAGCCAGGGGGAGCCAUGGGGGCGGGAAGAGGAAGGCAGACGUCUUCAACCAGCCUGACUCAAAGCGCCGGCAGACCAACUAGCAGAACUGGGGCUCUCAGCCCAUCGCCCAGCAGCAAGGUGGCGACUAUUUCGGUAACUAUGUUUAGGGUAAUGAAGAAGACACAUGGAAAAGGCAUUUGACAAAAAUACAACAACAAAAAUACCCCCGAAAAAAACAUUUGGCUGCAGUUCUUUUGACUUUUUAUUCUCUAUCCCUCACGAAGAAAAUAAACAUCACUGAGAGAGAAGUGGUCAGACCCCCAGAAUCUGCUUGAUUGGCUAGAAUUGUAUUUUGGCCUAUAGAUGUGAAUGUAACUGUUUUGCUGAAUCCUUUCUUACUGUUACAUGGGACUUAUGUUUUAACACACAAAUCACUUUUACCUAAAAGUGUUGUCUAGCAUUUCUAGAGGUAAAUUCAUUUUUUUGCUGGUACAAUAACUUCCUAUGUUUUCUUUGGGAAGCCAUUUAAGUUUCUCUGUUUGUAUUCAUAACUUUUUAUGUUUAUUCCGUUUCAAUAAGAUUGUUUUAUUAAAUUGCCAGAUACCAUCAAAUUCAAUGUUGUCAUUCAGUAUUUAGUCUAUUUCUAUUUUUAUCUCAUUUCACAUUUGGAACAAGAUUUUCUCAGCUUUUUGCUCAUGGAAUAAAUCAAGUGACCAAAUUUCAAUGAUCAGAUACCAGAAGAAUUUAUGACAGCGCACAAACAAUGUAUGAAUGACUGAAUUAAAACAUUUUGGCUCUUA